GCUCCGCCCAACAUGAGUCCCAACAGUCUGCUUGCCACCAGUACUGCCACCGCAAAGCCCACCCUGCUAGCACGUAUUUGCGCCAAGCUGGCUAGGCUCUUUGCAAUCCUGUCUGCCUUCAAGUCGAAGCUGGAGACUAGGAUGGAUAGGCUGCUGGAGCUAAACUUCCUCCUUGAUCCUCUGGUGGCUCGAUUCCCAAAACUCAGGCUACUGGCCAAAGGGAAGCCCAAAGGCGCCCGAAACACUGACAGAGUGCGUUUAGCCGAGCCGAAAGCCGCCGCCACGCUUCCCUCGUGA